AUUAUUAAAUUAAAGUUAACAAAAAGUUUUGUGCUUCGUUUAUUAAAUAUUGGCACUCACUGAAUUUAUGAAAAGGCAAUGUCGCUGAUUUCACAAAUAAGUUUGUCUCAGGAACUAACCUGCAGGCCUUUAGAUACCUACGAAGAGAUUCUGGAAUUCUUAAAAGAUCCUCCUUCAUGGAGAACCCUAUGUACAGAGCUGAAGCCUCAUAGCCAACAAGCUAUUCGAAACGUAGACAUCAAUAAAGAUUUCGGAAAAACAUUUUUGGAAACCCCGCAAACUUUCUGUCAUUAUAUGACGGAUACGGAAGACUUAGUUGUACGUCAAAGUAUAAAAAAGUUACCAAAAACUUUGGUAUGUCACGAUAUGGCCAACGGAUAUCAUGACGAUUGCGUGGUGGACGGUACAAAUGACCAUGAGGCUUACACAUUCUACAACUGGGGUGGGAUUGAUAUUUUCUGCUACUUCAGCCACCACCUGGUGACCAUACCACCUCUGGGAUGGAUCAACAUUGGUCACGCGCACGGUGUUCAGGUUAUCGGAACUAUAAUAACAGAAUGGAGCGAGGGCUCGACUUUUUGGGAAAAUAUUUUGUCUUCGGAAGAAAAAAUGGAAGAAUUUGCCAACGCCUUGGUUUAUAUCGCGAAAACACUCAGUUUCGAUGGAUGGCUUCUAAACGUUGAAAAUAAGGUUUCGCGGCCGCGCGAGCUGGUGGCGUUCGUACGGCUGCUGCACGGGAAGCUGCACGCCGCGCUGCCGCACCCGCUGCUUAUCUGGUACGACAGCGUCACCGUCGCAGGACACCUCAACUGGCAGAACUGUCUAAACGAAAAGAACAGGGCAUUCUUCGACGCAUGCGAUGGCAUCUUCACAAACUACUCGUGGUCGGAGAACGAGGUGCGCGAGAGUGCGGUGGCGGCCGGCGACCGCCUCACCGACGUCUACGUGGGGAUCGACGUCUGGGGACGCAACUUCUAUGGCGGCGGCCAGUUCAAUACGCAGGAGGCGGUGAAGGUGGCGCACAGUCACGGGUGCUCGCUGGCGGUGUUCGCGCCGGCAUGGACGCACGAGGCGCGCUCGGACGCCUCCUGCGACGUGGACAUGUUCACGCCCAAGGUCAACACGUACGAGCAGUUCCUGCUGCGGGAGCGCGCGCUGUGGGGCAGCUUGUGGCCCUACCUCAACACCAAGCUGCCCUGCGCACUGCCCUUCGCCUCCUCCUUCUGCCGCGGACAGGGCAACAAGCGCCGCUUCUAUGGAGAAGUAAUAAGUCCUGGGCCGUGGUACAACUUGCGGCACAUGCAGUACCAGCCCAACUCCUCGCAUGGCCCGCACGGCUACCUCCUCUCCGUACUCGAGAACAUCAUCAACGCCUCGCGCCACGGCUUAUUCAAGGAUAAGGCGGAGAUGACGCGCUGCAGACGCUCCCUCGAGCUCACCAGGAGCGGAUUAUCCAUAAAAGAUACCAAAAAAUCGUCCUUCGACAGUCGCAGCGAGUCGCAGCUGUCCGUAGUUAAAGAAACUAAAUCGGAGACUGCCGGCGAAGAAGACAACACCAUACCCGUCGAAGAAAAAGAGGAGAAGAACGAAAACGAAGAAAAGUCUACGAAGUCACGUAAAGUGACCGACGCUUUCCGAAAUUUGUUCAAGAUAACUCCGUCCAAGGACGCGGUGGAACAGCCAGAGCAGAACACCGCGGCCGCCGGCGCCGGCGCAGACCUCCACACCGACGCCGAGGCGUCCGACACUUCUAUGAUUCAGACCUCCUUAAACUUACGUCUCGGCCAGAACCCGAAGAAAAUUCGCCUGGGCCUGGCCCCCGUGCCUAACGAAUUGGAGUGCCUGCAACCUUACUUCAAGGAUAGUUUCAUCGGCGGCUCGUGUCUUAAACUGAAUCCUUCGGACAAGGUGGACCCCGCGCACCGGUGUGCCAGGCUGCUGCACUGCGACUUUCCCAUGGACGGCGACCUCAUCGCGUGCGUCGUAACCAAAAAUUUGUCGAAUCAUCCGGAACAAUAUCUAAACGUCAUCUUGCGCGUGUUGCCAGCCUCCGGCGCGGAGAUGAAGAUCGUAUUAUUCGGGGGAAUCGUUUCCGAAGGCAAGAGCCCUCCGGCGAGCGGCUCGUCCGUCUCCUACAUCUUACCGUUUAACUGCAAUCCCGGCUUCAAGGACAUACAGAAGUAUAUGAUGCUUAACGAGCCGGGAUUCUACAUCCCCGUGGAGAAUCAUUUCGGUUGGAACGUUAGAUACUACCUGGUGAGCGGCGUGGGGGGCGUGGUGGGCGUGCGGGGCGCGCGCGUGGCCGGCGUGGACUGCCGCACGGGCCGCGCAGAGGGACCCAUACUACUCGGACACUUCGGACUCUGCCAACACUCUAAGAUGGCGUAACCAUGAGAAGUUGUUAGUCGUACUUAUACACCUGAACAUUCCAUACAAAGCUAUUUCUCGUAGCC